GAUAGAGCUUUGGCACUGCUGUGAUGGCAUCUACUUGGGAUAGCCAGUCCCGCAAGGAACAGGAUGAAGUUUUGGAAGUAAAGAGAGAGGAGGAGGAAGAGAAGUACAAGCACACUACCAGACAGGACUGGAGCCUGCAGGACACCACCCCUAACAGAGAGGUUUUCCGGCGGGACUUCAGGCGCUUCUGCUACCAGGAAACUUCUGGACCUCGUGAGGCUCUGGACCGCCUCCGGGAACUUUGCCAUCAGUGGCUGAGGCCAGAGACACACACCAAGGAGCAGAUCCUGGAGCUGCUGGUGCUGGAGCAGUUCCUGAGCAUCCUGCCAGAGGAGCUGCGGGCCUGGGUGAGGCAGCACCAUCCAGAGAGCGGGGAGGAGGCGGUGAUGGUGCUGGAGGAUUUGGAGCGAGAGCUGGAUGAGCCGGGAUGUCAGGUCUUAGUCCACACUGAGAAACAGGAAAUGUCCUUGCAGGAGAUGGUACCACUAGGAACAGAACCAGAACCCGGUAUAUUCCUCCAAUCCGUGAAAGUGCAGAUAAAGUGUGAAUCUCCAGACCAUGAAGCCCAACAGGAGCAAGUUUCAGAUGUUGAGGUUGGAACUGAGUACAGGAAUUUAAAGCAAGAAGUUGCUGAAGAAAUGGAAUCACGUGGGACUAUAUGCAGAAGAUUUGAGAAUGAUACACCCCAGGCUGCUGAAGGUGGAGCUACCCAUGAACCUAAAGGAAAAACAGAAUUUUCUCAGUACUCCAGGGAAGAGAAACCACCUGCAUGUGAUGAAAAUGUAGUAAGUCUGACUGCAAACACGGAGCACACGGAACACCAGAGACUCUGUCCCGGAGCAAACUCCCAUGAAUGUGAUAACUGUGGAAAAGCUUUUAGUCAGCACUCACGCCUUACAGAACAUCAAAGAACGCAUACUGGAGAAAGGCCCUACAAAUGUGAAGAAUGUGGAAAAACUUUCCGUGGGAGAACUGUGCUUAUUCGACACAAAAUAAUACACACUGGAGAGAAACCAUAUAAAUGCAAUGAGUGUGGCAAAGCCUUUGGCCGGUGGUCUGCUCUUAAUCAACAUCAGAGACUUCACACAGGAGAGAAACACUACCAUUGUAAUGAGUGUGGCAAAGCCUUUAGCCAAAAAGCAGGCCUCUUUCACCAUCUUAAGAUCCACACACGAGACAAACCUUAUCAAUGUACUCAGUGUGAUAAGAGUUUUAGUCGGCAUUCCAUACUUCUUCAGCACCAGGGAGUGCACACUGGGGCGAAGCCCUUUGAGUGCAAUGACUGUGGGAAAGCUUUUGUUUAUAACUCCUCCCUGGUUUCCCAUCAGGAGAUCCACCAUAAAGAAAAAUGCCAUCAGUGCAAAGAAUGUGGGAAAGCCUUCAGCCACAGUGGCCUCAUUCAGCAUCAGCGAAUCCACACGGGGGAGAAACCUUACAAGUGUGACGUAUGUGAAAAAGCCUUUAUUCAAAGAACAAGUCUUAUUGAACACCAGCGGAUUCACACUGGAGAGAGACCCUAUAAAUGUGACAGAUGUGGGAAGGCCUUUACUCAAAGGUCAGUCCUCACGGAGCACCAGAGAAUCCACACUGGAGAGAGGCCCUACAAGUGUGAUGAGUGUGGGAAUGCCUUCCGGGGAAUCACCAGCCUCAUUCAGCAUCAGCGAAUCCACACUGGGGAGAAACCCUACCAAUGUGAUGAGUGUGGCAAAGCCUUCAGACAGAGGUCAGAUCUUAGUAAACAUCAGAGAACCCAUAAUAGAGGUGGUCCCUAUACAUGUAAUGAGUGUGGGGAAAUGUUCCUGCAGAGCUCAGUUCUUAUUCAACAUCAGACUUUCCACAAAGGAGAAAAAUCAGUUUCUGUGUGA